AUGCAUCCCGGCAGCGCCGGUGGCGGCAAUGCCGAGGAACGUCGGCAGCGCCUGCGUGAGCAGAUGAAGGCCUUCUACGGCGACCCGAGCGCCUCCACGAAGCGAGUGGCGUCGCACGCGUCCACGCAGGGCAACCCCAACGUGCCACCGGAGCUCGACUUAGACUCGGAGUACUUCAACGUAAACCGCUACACCACCGAUCUGCUGAAGCGCGAGAGCCUUAAAGGGUUGGUGGAAACGGACACGGAGCUGCUGUGCCGCGUACGCCGCCUGGAUGGAGAGCUGCAGGAGCUCGUGUACCGCAACUACGCUCGCUUCAUCUCCGCCACCGAGACGAUUCGGGAGAUGAAGAACAACGUCGUCGAGAUGGACGCGAAGCUGCAGACCCUCUCGCAGAACGUCAACACGAUUGAUAGCAUCUCGAGCCAGAUCAGCCAGCAGCUGCAGGUGCACCGCGGCCACAUCGAGGACACCAUCACGGCGAAUCGCAUGCUCAAGAAGGUGCAGUUUCUCACCAGUCUGCCUACCACAAUGCGCCGGCUCAUCGACAAGGAGGAGUACAGCGUCGGCGUCAAGUACUGGGUGGCCGGCGACGGCUUUCUGUCGAAGCACAAGUCGAUCUCGAGCAUCACACAGGUUCAGCAGAGCUGCCGCGAGCUCGCCAGGGAGCUCUACCGCGCGAUCGAGAAGCGCAUGUGCUCCUACCCGCUCGACGACCCUGACGCAAUGGACCGCCUUCGCGGCUACGUCGAGGACCUGCGCCUCCUGCGCGCCACCUCGCUCUUCGAGUCGGAGAAGGUGGCCGAUGAGGCGCCGUUCGAGGUGGCGGUGUUGCAGACCCUCAUGAAGAGCGUCACAGCGAGCUUCCAGGCGAACGUGGCGACUACGCAGCGCAGUCUCAAGGCCGCCCUCGUCAUCCCAGACGACCCCCAGGCCUCCGAGAUGUCGAAGCGGGAGGCGUCGCUCGCACAGGUGAACCUACGCGAGCCGCUGGCACAGCUCAAGAACGCGUGCGCGAUGCUCGCCGUCAACUCAGAGCGCGUGCACGCCCUGCUGGAUGUGGAGGUGUGCAGCAGCAGUGGCAGCAGUCCUGCCGCGCCCCUCGUCGCCAAGUCGAUCGAGCCGGUCCUCCUCGAGGUGCUCCAGCCCAUCUCCCAGUCGCUCGCGGACUUCGUGAUGGUGCACUUGGACGCGAGCGCGAUGGAUGGGGCGUCGGCGCUCCGCGAUCCCGCAGCAAGCGCGGAAGCGCUGCAGGCAGCCACGGCGCACCUCGCUCGACUGCUGAAGCAGCUUGUCACGGCCAUGAAGACGCUGGGCGAGAUCUAUCUUCCUUCCAUGGAGCAUGGCACUGCUGAGGCGAGCGGCAGCGCCGCUACCGCCGCCCACGACGUCGUGCAGGUGUACGCGAACAAGGUUCACGAGGUGGCGUGUGGCGUGGUGCGUCAAUGUUGGGAGAAGGUACAGGCGAAGCUGCUACAAGGGCCGGAGCCAGAGCUACUCAGGGCGUGUGUGCCGCUUCCCAUGCCGAACACCAGCGUACUGAGUACGCUGCCGGCCGUCGACGAGGAACGCACUCGCGAGAUGGCCUUUGUUCUGACUCGCUUCCUCUACGCCUCGUUGGCGCAGUGCCUCUCCACCUCCCUCGGCGCCAACCUCGUCGGCGAGGAGGGCGUGCCGGCGGAGAUGCUGAUGUCGAUUGUAGCAGGGCUGGAGCGAACGGCGCAGCAGCUUCAGCACCGCGGUAUCGUGCUGCUGGGCCAGUCAGAGGUGCAGCAAGUGUACAAAAAGGCAUUCAGUGGCAGCAGCGGGUAUGCCAGCGCAGCGGUGACGACAACCGGGCCGACAGUGCAGGAAGUACUGCUCCUGCUGCUGCCUCAGUGGUCCACCAUGUACGAAGCCCUCAAGGCGCUGCCGCCCGUGAAGGCGGCGAGCGCGAUGGAGGCCGCCAAGGCGUGGGAUGGUGCGUCGUCACCACUGAACCGUCGCCGUGACAACGGCGGCUACGGCGGCGGCAGUGCAUACCGCGUGGGUGGGGGCAACAACAUCGGCGCGUACAGCGACGGCACCGGUGGGGGCGGCAGCACUGGCACUCGCAGCGACCACCGCGCCGGCGGCGGCAGCGCGAAGGUUGGCGGCUUCCCUCCCCACCUGCGUGGGGGCAGCGGCGGCGGCAAGCCGACGGUUUCCUACACGCGUCAGGUGAUGUCCACGCUGCAGAUGAGCGUGAACCACAUCUUCGCAAACACGGAUACGUGGCUGCGCACGGAGCCGGUGGCCGGACCGCCGUCGACGCUGAUGGCGUGCGUCGUGCGCUACUUGCUCCAAGGCAUUCUCGACCGAGUGCGCGAUGAGGUGGCCUAUACCGAUGUGCAGUUCCAGCGGUUGCAGGUGAGCUGCACCUUCCUCCUCUACGCCCUUGUAUCACCCGCGAAGGGGUCGGCCCCGCGACAAUGGCGCAAGGAGUGGUCGGAGGACGACAUGCGCGACGUCCAGCGGCUGCUGGACGAGAUCUGCACAUGCGCCUACGACAAGUACGAAGCGAAGGUGCCCCUCUCUACCGCCGUGCUCGACCGAGUCGUCGAGGCCGCCGUGCGUGGCGGCCGAGCUGCACAGGAGUCUGUGAGCAUGAACAGCACCGGCACUUCUAUGGAGACUGGGGUAGCAAUGUCUGCUGCCACGACGGCGACCUUGCAAGGGGAAGAAGCGAAAACUCCUUCACCGGAGCCACCGCAGCGGGUGCCAACCGUCCCUGCUCACGUCACUCUGCAGUCGUUGGCUGCAACGUCGUCGAAGGAGGCCCCUUCCAGCGCAGCUGCACCAGUCCCAAACCCGUCGGCUGCCUCACCGCCACCCAAGCCCCCUGCCGCCACGUCAGCGCCAACGGCGUCUGCUGCUGCACCUCCACCGGCCCCGGCCACCCCUGCCUCAGCACCGCCGCCGAUCUCGUCGACUGCUCCCGUGCAAGCCUCUGUGGCGCGCUCCCCGGCACCACAGAAAGCACCCGUGGCGUCUCUGGAACCGGCUGCCGCAGCGCCGGUGACAGCCAUGUCGCCGCCACAAGUGCGGCCCUCCUCGUACUACAACAACGAAAGCCACACAGAGCGCUUCGCGCGCUUGGAAGAAGAGGAAGACCUGCCGUUGUAA